CUUCAGGGAGGAGGGGGCGGACUCACAGGGACGGUUUCCGGGUUUCCCUUCCUGGGCUGGGACAGCGGCAAGAGGCAAAAAAAACCUCCUGUUGAUUAAUAAUAUUUCAAAGUAACGCUCAGGUAGGCUCGUCAGACUUCCAGUGAACAGCAGAAAUGUCCCAGUCUGGAGAGAAAGGGAAGUUCCCAGAUGCAGCAGGUUAUGUAGGGUUUGCCAACCUCCCGAACCAAGUGCAUCGAAAGUCAGUGAAAAAAGGGUUUGAAUUUACCCUAAUGGUUGUUGGAGAGUCUGGUUUGGGCAAAUCAACACUUAUAAACAGCCUGUUUCUCACUGAUCUCUACCCUGAGCGCUACAUCCCUGGUGCCGCAGAGAAGAUUGAGAGGACGGUGCAGAUUGAGGCAUCAACUGUGGAGAUCGAGGAGAGAGGAGUAAAGCUUCGCCUCACCGUGGUUGACACCCCUGGAUACGGCGACGCCAUUAACAGCCAGGACUGCUUCAAGACCAUCAUCCAGUACAUUGACAAUCAGUUUGAGCGAUACCUUCAUGAUGAGAGUGGUCUGAACCGAAGACACAUAGUGGACAACAGGGUUCACUGCUGCUUCUACUUCAUAUCUCCAUUUGGACACGGUUUAAAGCCUCUGGAUGUGGAGUUCAUGAAGGCCAUCCACAGCAAAGUCAAUAUAGUCCCAGUCAUUGCCAAGGCUGACACACUGACACUGAGGGAGAGGGAUCGUCUGAAGAGGAGGAUCCUGGACGAAAUCGCAGAGCACGGGAUCAGAAUUUAUCAGCUACCUGAUGCCGACUCUGAUGAGGACGAGGAGUUCAAGGAGCAGACCAGAGUCUUGAAGGCGAGCAUUCCCUUUGCUGUGAUUGGCUCCAACCAACUGAUUGAGGUGAAGGGGAAGAAGAUCCGUGGUCGUCUCUACCCCUGGGGAGUUGUUGAAGUGGAGAACCCCGAGCACAAUGACUUCCUCAAACUACGCACCAUGCUUGUGACCCACAUGCAAGACCUCCAGGAGGUGACUCAGGAUCUGCAUUAUGAGAACUUCCGCUCAGAGAGGCUGAAGACAGCGGGCAGGGCUGUGGAUGAGGACGUGGUGGAUAAGGACCAGAUCCUGCUACAGAAAGAGGCCGAGCUGAGACGCAUGCAGGAGAUGAUCGCUCACAUGCAGGCACAGAUGAAGAUGAAAUCUGACGAGUGAACGAAUCGGAGCAGAAGGGAAGCACGGUGAUCCCAACCCCCCAACACACACACACACACACACACACACACACGUGGUCCUUCUCUGAAUCCAUCCCGGCCUGCUGCCGCCCUGCAGAUCCACCAGGAGUCCAGGAUCACAUCAUUUUUAUCUGCACACCCCUUCCUCUUCCCUUCAAACAUCCAUCCAUUAGCUGUUUAGGAGCUCGCCACUGAUGUCUCUUAUUUUUCUUCCUAAUCUUGGGAAGACCCUUCUUACUAUUCACAUCUCAAUCUCGCUGAUUGUCCUGUCCUAUGGGUACGAGUUUGCUGGGUGGGACUAGGCAGAAUUUAAAAAGCAUGAGCACGAAAAUGUUCCAACGUAAUAUUAACAUGUUUGUUAUUUAGUGUUUGAUCUUAAUUAUGGUCCACCGAGCUGCCAGUGACAAUGGUACUGAGAUGUUUUUCUAUAUCACACUAACAUGUUUACAAAAAUAUAUGUAUGAAUUAUGCAUUUUGUUUAAGUCCAAGCUUCAGAUGGCACCGUUUUCCAUUUAUUUUAUCAGGUUAAGACCAUUUUAAGCAUAUUUUCACUUUAAAGGAAAAAACUGUCACUGCUUAUGAGGGAUUCAGUAGCACAUCACCUUUACCUCUGGAUGGUUUCAGACCAUCAGUGCCUUCAGUGCUUCAGUCUGAUAAUGCAAUAACUAUAAAUAUUACCAUAGUGAAAGGUAAGUGUAGUUAUGAAUGAGGUCCAUGUCGAGAACGAGGGAUGCUGUUGUGUAUGGUUUUCCAGGCAAAGAAUUUGUCCUUAAUUGUGUUAAACUAGAAACCUUAUGUACAUGCAAGUACACAAACUAAUAGCACUUGGUUCUAAAUGGAAACAACCAGACUUCAGGAUCAUGUUAUAGUUGAAUAAAAGUGCCAUGGUUUUAAUAUAUAUAUUUAAUAUAUAUUUGUAUUCGUCAUCAAGAGCUGCAUGAUCUUAAUCUCUGCAACUGCUAAUCAAACUAUUCAGUCCAGAUACAUUAAUACAUGUCCAUAUUUGCUCCAGUGAUGUCAUUCAAUGUUUAAAAUGGUCUGUUUUUAUACUUGUACAGUCUUUCAUCAUACUGUAUUUGGGCUUACCGUUUAAAAAUUAAAUACUGUGAUAUUUAAGUUUUCAAUGCGCAAACUCCCUCCAGCCUCUGCCAGAAGCAGACUACACAUCCUAACUUUUCUUCAGCAGUUUCAUCUAUCUGACUGUAUUGUUGUCAUCCAUGUGCCAUUGGCAUUAUUUUGUUCUUCUGUCUUUUGCUGUCACAUGCAAAUGUCUCUGUCGAAUUCAUUAAGAUAAACAUAUAUUUCUUAACCGUUUCUCAGCAAAGACUUGUUUUUAGGCAUCAACAUUUUGUUUUUGUAUUUCUCUCUAGAAUAAAGUUGGUUUAGAAGAAAAA